AACAAGCACAACUAUCUGGUUACCAGUUCUUUCGACAAGACUGCUCGACUCUGGGGCCACCCGCAGUGGGCGCCCAUUCGCACGCUGGAAGGACACUCGGGCAGAGUCGUGUACGCGGACAUCAGCCCCGACUGCAAACUCAUCGCCACCUGUUCCCACGACCUCACCUUCAAGAUCUGGUCGCAUGAAGCCGAGCACUAG